UGUGACUGCCGAGUCUAUAAGCAUGGUUGUUCCGCGCCGUUAACCCGGUCUUUUGGAAGUACACUGUAAUACAAAAAUACCAGCCACGAGAUAAUACGGGGAUGUCAUCUCGACGAAUUACAUGAUAAUCAUUUCCGGUGCGACGAUAUGGGUAUGGCUGUUUUCAAGAGCCAGUAAGACCUGGACAUGAUAAGGAUGUAGACUGACCAGACCACAUCAGCAGCUGACCAGUAAAAGUGACCACCGUCUGAAUGAGUAGCGUACACGCCAUGGAUUAUGUGAAAAAGUUCGAGAUUGAACUUGACAAGGAUGUGUAUUAUGCUGGUGAGGUGCUGACAGGAAGUGUCAUCGCCCGGGUAACAGAAAACAUCAAAGUACACGGUAUUCGUUUGGUGUUGCGUGGCAAAGCUCACGUAGAAUGGAAAAUCAACAAGGCUGGAGAAAGGAGAAAUGUUCGAGAUGACGAAUACUAUAUUGAUGAGAAGAGAAUUGUCUGGGGCAAAGACAAGAAGGAUGAUGGACCUGCCCCAAUCAUGCCCCGAGGGAAUCACAGAUAUCCGUUUGAGUUCAAACUGCCUGAGAGUGCCCUCCCCUGCUCUCUGGAGAGUAAGAUGGGUACAAUACGGUACUAUGUACGGGGUACAAUGGACAUCCCAUACGCCUCGUCACCUCAAAGUGUCAAGUAUUUUUCUAUCAUAGGACCACACAUUGACUGUAUGGAUGAACGGUUCCUGACCCCUACCAGAGCAGCUGACAAACGUUACACAUGCUGCAUGUGCUGCACAAAGGGCCCUGUGGCACUGGAUGCCACCCUGGAACGAAGUGCCUAUUGUUGUGGUGACAACAUCAGACUCAAGGUGGAGAUGCAGAAUGGCAGUGGACAGCAGGCAUGGAUCCUGUGUCGCCUCAUGCAGAAUGUGGAGUAUUUCAUUAACAAGGGUGUGCUUGGUUUACGGAAGGAUGUGAGUCACCGAGUCUGGGAGUAUAAGGGUGACAGUGUGGCCCCACAUCACACGGAAAGGUUUGACAACCUACAGAACUUCCUACAGGUUCCUGUCAUGCCUCCAACACUAGUGGAUGUGUGUAACCUUAUACAGAUCUACUACACUUUACAGGUUGGUCUUGUGAUGGAGGACACAGGAGAAGUGUUGGAACUCAACUUUCCAAUGACCAUAGCAACCACCCCUUAUAGGAUCACUAAUGCCCCUUAUCCCAUCAUGCAGUAUGAUGUAGCAGCUGAGAAUGUUGAAGGAGGGAUGUACAUCAGUUCUGAGUUCCAAGUUGGCCAGGUGUACACCGGUGACGAGGAAGAGAAUGAGACUGAGAUGUUCAUUAUAUACCGUCCUGUGUACAUCUGUAUCCCACACGAACGGAUCAAGGUCACAAACACAGAGAAAGAUGUCAACAUUUGCCGUGCAGGAUCUCGGAUCUCGAUGACAAGGCUUGAUAGAAAGACAUGGAAAAUGCAGACGACACAUGACUCGGAUAAAGAAGAUAGUUCUGUGCUAGACCUUAAAACUGAUACCCUGGUGCCUGACAUGUCAGAUUUGGAUUUAAAAGAGUCCAUGGUCAUGAAAAAGGAGUUAAGUGAUGUAGCGAAAGAUAUCGAUAACUCAAAUAAUUUUCUGAAACCAUCAGAAAGUCAUGGAAGUAUGAAACAAACAAUGGAAUAUGAACCUGGUGAUAAAGAUAAUAUAGUUGUUGUUGUUCAACCAGAACCUCACUCGUCACUCCAACUGGAACCAGAAAAUAAGGACAGUGAAGAAGUUCUACAGAAUAUUGUAAAUGACUGAGACAAAUCAAAACUGGAUUAAAGAGAGACGUUUUACAGUAUAGUGUACUGAGACAGUUUGUAUGUGCUUGUCAUGAUCAUCUAAUUUUGUCACUCGUAUAACUUCUCAAAUGGUCAAAGAUUUAACAUCACGGCAGUGGUCAAGGACAUAGCCAUGGAGUGGUCAGUGAUAUUGUAAGAUCAUCCUAGUGUUUAGUGAUACAGUGGACACAACUUGUGGUUAAUCUUAUAUUAUUACUCAGUGGUAUAAGGUAUGAUGUCUCCUAUUGAUCAAAAUAUGACGUUAUUGUUGUCGACAUAUGACUAGUCUGAGUUUCAAUGUAAUAACGUCAUAUAAUGUUUUUGGACUGCCACAUAAAGCGAUUUCUGUACUACUGUCAGCUCAUUUCUAAGAAGAUAACAUGAUAAUCAUUUUAUUUUCUUAUUUCAGAUCCUGUCUGACUGAUCAUUUCAUUCACCAAUUUGAUAUCGGCCCAAACCAUUGUUAAUGAAUAUCAUGGCAUGACUUUGAUGGCUUUACGUAAGAAAAGUAGUAUAAUUGUCAAAAAAUACAUGCAUCGAUCAUCCCCCAUCCUUGCCUGGCUGGAGUUGUAUGGUCUGAUAUAUCACUUGACAAUGAUGUCUUAUAAUAACUAGUAAUUUCUCAAAAACUAUAUAACAUUGUUUUUACUUUUGUCACAGAGUUUCUGCUUUAAGUAAUCUAAAUAGAGUGCGAAAAGCAGAAAAUGUUUAUCUUUUCAAGACACUGGUAAAGCCAUGUGUUGUAAUUCAUUGUUUAAAAUAUGAAAGCCACAGCUCAAAAUGUUUCUACUUCCUCUACCCAUAAAAUAAUAUCGUCAGUAGCAAGGGAAAUAACUCUUCAAUGAACACGUGCCAUUUACCACAUAUCAUCUUAAGUUUGAGAGUGGUUAAUUUUCGGUUUGGGUUUGUGUUUAUUGAACCUGAAAAAAAAAUUGGUUUGGGACUUACCCCGGCUGUGUUAGAGUUUGAAUUUUUCUCCAUUAGACAAAACUCUAUAUAAUACAUUUAGGCCUAUAAGGGAAAGCUGCAAUGAGUUUGUGAAUAGUCAGGUACUGAGCUCUGGAGUAGAAGAUUUUAAUGAUAUUAACCAUCUUUAAAUAAUCACUGUUUUAACAAAGGACAUUUCAUUUCCAAAACAUCAGCAUUAUUUCUCUAAUGGAAAAUAUGGAUUUCCCAAAAUUAAACAUUCCUUUUCCGAUUGGAGGCACAUACUGGGUUGUUUUUUUUCUCAUAGGAUAAAUGUUUCUUUUUCAGCAUUCCAUAUUUGGUACUGGUAAAUGAUGUGUCUGCUGUUAUCACAAUUGCUUGUAUGGACAGAAGUACCAGUAACUAUUGUACACUUUUUUACACUCCUGACAUUCUGUGGCUAAUUUUACACUCCUGAGUUCUGUGGAUUAUUUUACACUCCUGACAUUCUGUGGAUUAUUUUACACUUCUGACAUUCUGUGGAUAAUUUUAUACUCCUGACAUUCUGUGGAUAAUUUUACACUCCUGACAUUCUGUAGAUAAUUUUACACUCCUGAUGCUUUGUGGAUUAUUUUAUACUCCUGACAUUCUGUGGAUAAUUUUACACUCCUGACAUUCUGUGGAUAAUUUUACACUCCUGACAUUCUGUUGAUAAUUUUACACUCCUGACAUUCUGUGGAUUAUUUUACACUCCUGACAUUCUGUGGAUUAUUUUACACUCCUGAUGCUUUGUGGAUAAUUUUACACUCCUGACAUUCUGUUGAUAAUUUUACACUCCUGACAUUCUGUUGAUAAUUUUACACUCCUGACAUUCUGUGGAUUAUUUUACACUCCUGACAUUCUGUGGAUUAUUUUACACUCCUGAUGCUUUGUGGAUAAUUUUACACUCCUGAUGCUUUGUGGAUAAUUUUACACUCCUGACAUUCUGUUGAUAAUUUUACACUCCUGACAUUCUGUGGAUUAUUUUACACUCCUGACAUUCUGUGGAUUAUUUUACACUCCUGAUGCUUUGUGGAUAAUUUUACACUCCUGAUGCUUUGUGGAUUAUUUUACACUCCUGACAUUCUGUGUAUAAUUUUACACUCCUGACAUUCUGUGGAUAAUUUUACACUCCUGACAUUCUGUGGAUAAUUUUACACUCCUGACAUUCUGUGGAUAAUUUUACACUCCUGACAUUCUGUGGAUAAUUUUACUCUCCUGACAUUCUGUGGAUUAUUUUACACUCCUGACAUUCUGUGGAUAAUUUUACACUCCUGACAUUCUGUGGAUAAUUUUACAUUCCUGACAUUCUGUGUAUAAUUUUACACUCCUGACAUUCUGUGGAUAAUUUUAUACUCCUGACAUUCUGUGGCUAAUUUUACACUCCUGACACUCUGUGGAUAAUUUUACACUCCUGACAUUCGGUGGAUAAUUUUAAAUUCCUAACAUUCGGUGGAUUAUUUUACACUCCUGACAUUCUGUGUAUAAUUUUGCUCUCCUGACAUUCUGUGGAUUAUUUUACACUCCUGACAUUCUGUGGAUAAUUUCAUAGCCAUGACGUCCUGUGUAAAAUUUAUGACAAUAAGUACCAUUAGGGAUAUAUUAUUAUAUAUUCACAGAAAUAAUGUGGUUUCAUUAUUCCUUUGCUUAUUAAAGAUUUCAAAACCUUUUGGAUAUACAUAUAAGAUGUAUGUAUAUAUAUAUAUACUCGACAGUUUGACAGUUAACUUAAUCUUGCUAUUGUUAUUGCUACUCUGAUGAUAAACAACAUUUACCAUUAUAUUUCCCCCCCAAACAAUGAUGUUCAUUCCAUUUUUAUACCCAAGUGUUCAAUAUGAUGUUGUUGCCUAUCAUGUGUAAAUGCAUGUGUACAUAUGUUAGUAUAUAAAGUACAUUAUGUUACUGCAUACAUUUUUGUGGCUUUGGUAUGCAAUUUACGAAUAUUGUCUCUGGAAAUCUCACCCCUUUUUACUUUUGCUGGAGAAUGUUUAAAUUUACUGUUUGAAUGACUGAAAUUAGUGUUGACGGGAAAAUAUUGUGAUUUUAUUACAUAGGUAAUAUUAUGUCACCCAUUCCUACAAUGGUACAUUGUACACCCCUAGACAUACUUAUCCUUUAAUGACUUCACAAGCUCUGUUGGUUGAAGACAACGAGCUUAUGCCAUGAUUAGUGCUCUUUCAUCCAGGUAAAAGUGAUUCAUGUUAUCAUUGAGGAGAUGGCUGCAUGGUGAUAAAGAAAGAUUUCCUCUAGAGAGCAUAUGGCAGUUAGUCCUAAACAAAAUUAUGCCCUAAAUGAUGUUUUGAAUUCUGGAAAGUAAGGUGGUCUUAGAAACAAGCUGAUCUCCAAAAUAAUCCACUCAUGGAUCUCCUUUAAGGAAGAGUAUCUUGAGAAUAACUCAAUCUUGAAUAUAUGCCAAGCUUGAAGAGAAUCCAUGGGCUCCUUACAUAAAAAGUAAGGAUACGUAUUUUGAAAAUGAAAGACUUGAAACAAGCUGCAACAUACAAACAUAUUUUACUUGAAUUAAAGUUCCACAUACUGAGGUAUUCAACAUACUUCAUUAAGUUACAUCCAGUACAGAUUUAUUAGAGAAACUUGUGUUGUAACACACCUCCACAUACAUGUUCUGUACCAAGUGAUAUUGAUUAUUUUAUUGUAGGACUUUUCCUCAGCAACUUUGGUAUAUUUGCACUUAAUUUGAUUAACCACAAGCUUGGUUGGUCAAUAUGCAAAUAAAGAUGUUGUUCAGUUCCUCAUAAUUUGAUUGCAUGAUCACACUACUUUCAAUGUACAUAUAAGGAUGUAUGUGCACAUAUUUUGAUUAAUCACAAGGCUGCUGAGUGUCCAUAUAAGGAUGUAUGUGCACAUAUUUUGAUUAAUCACAAGGCUGUUGAGUGUCCAUAUAAGGAUGUAUGUGCACAUAUUUUGAUUAAUCACAAGGCUGUUCAGUGUCCAUAUAAGGAUGUAUGUGCACAUAUUUUGAUUAAUCACAAGGCUGUUCAGUGUCCAUAUAAAGAAACAUUAUUUAUGCAUCUAAUUAGUCACAAGACAAGGUCAUUAAAUGCCAUAUAAAGAAAUAUGUGUACAUAGUUUUAUCAACCACAAGGCUAUUGUAAGGCUAAAUCACAGAUCUAGUCAUUGUAAGGCUACAUCACAGAUCUAGUCAUUGUAAGGCUAUCACAGAUCUAGUCAUUGUAAGGCUAUCACAGAUCUAGUCAUUGUGAGGCUAUAUCACAGAUCUAGUCAUUGUGAGGCUAUAUCACAGAUCUAGUCAUAGUAAGGCUAUAUCACAGAUCUAGUCAUUGUAAGGCUAUCACAGAUCUAGUCAUUGUAAGGCUAUAUCACAGGUCUAGUCAUUGUAAGGCUAUCACAGAUCUAGUCAUUGUAAGGCUAUAUCACAGAUCUAGUCAUUGUGAGGCUAUAUCACAGGUCUAGUCAUUGUAAGGCUAUAUCACAGAUCGUUGUAAGGCUAUCACAGAUCUAGUCAUUGUAAGGCUAUCACAGAUCUAGUCAUUGUAAGGCUAUCACAGAUCUAGUCAUUGUAAGGCUAUAUCACAGAUCUAGUCAUUGUAAGGCUAUAUCACAGGUCUAGUCAUUGUAAGGCUAUAUCACAGAUCGUUGU